AUGUCGUCUGCCGCUCAAUCGUUCCGCAACAUCAUUGGCGUCUCUGCCUCCACUGCCUCUGUGCAAGACUCGACCCUUGUCAUUAUCGACGCCCAAAACGAAUAUGCCUCCGGCCAGUUGAAGGUCAAGUCGGUUGACCAAAGCCGCAAAGUAAUUGCAGACCUUCUGGCUCGCUACCGAAACGGUGGCAAUGGCAAGAACAUUAUCCACGUCGUACACGAGGUGCCAGCUGGAGCACCCAUCUUCACACCAGGCACUGAAUUGGCAGAAGAAUUCAGUGAGCUCACUCCCAGGUCGGGUGAGAAGGUCAUCAAGAAGCACUUCCCAAGCUCCUUUGCCCAGACCGACCUCCACGAGUACCUUGAAGGGUUAGGCAACGUGGGCAAGAAGAUUGUUCUGGUCGGAUACAUGGCGCAUGUAUGCAUUUCUACCACCGCCCGAGCAGGAGCUGAGCGGGGAUAUGAUGUGCUUGUUGCAAAAGAUGCUGUGGGUGAUCGGGAAAUUCCUGGAGUCAGUGCCGAGGAUCUUGUGGCCAUCACUCUGAGCGAGUUGGCGGACGCCUUCGGGACUGUAAUUUCUGCGGGGGAUAUCAGCGCGUAA